AUGACCAAAACCUUCUCCAUAUCUUACCUCUGGAUACCCCGGCAAGCACUGACUGCUGGAAUGACAGGGACCAUCUCGGGAAGGCGUUGCACGCCUUACGGAUCUGCGGACCAGCUCCGUUGCCUUGUCUUCAGUCCCCGUGGAAACUGGGCAGCAAGCAUCGUGCAUGUGUGGCCCACAACAGAGCUCAUAAUUUGGGACACCGAGUCAGGCAUCCCCGUACACACCGACUGGUACGAAGAACGCGACCGGUUCAAUGACCUACCCCAUCGUGUUGCGUUUUCCCCCAACGAGGCGCAAUCUAUCCACGUGUUCUCUCUCCCCCUUGCGACUAGCUCUACACCAUCUGGCAAGAUCCCCCAGAAGAUCGGGUGCCUUCCAGUGGAUGCUACGGACGCGCGUUAUGUCGGGGUUCUCUGGUCGCUGGAUGGCACACAGAUGUUUGUUCAAGACGCCCUCGCUCGAGUGCAUGUCUUCGACGCUUCGACUUUCGCGCAUCUCCGCUCGCUCCUCGUACCAUCUUCCGAACUGGCCGCUAUUCAACAUGGGUGCUCACAGCCCCUCGGAGAGUCCUGGCUCAGGUUGUCUUCAGCCGGUGAUUGCGUUCUUUCAACUUUACGAUUCACGCCGCCGCCAGUAGAUGGGACUCCGAGCAACUAUACCUUUGUUUGGGAUUUGAGCACAGGGACCUGCCGUUACAAGUCGACCGACGACCAUAGCCCUAUUAUCGGCAGUACAUUAUGGAACACAACACAUGGAGAAGACCAGUUUCAUGUCAUCUCAGUAUGCGAGGAUGGAACUCUGCGCAAUUCGAAGGUCGCAUCAACGGGGGAGCAUGCCACCAUCGUCACACAGCUGUCUACACACAGCAACAAAGUCACCGACACGCAGUCACCUUGGUUCCCAUCGUCACCCCUCAGCGCCGACGGUGCUCGUCUCAUGAUGCAGCCGGACUUUCGACGGUCAUUGUUGGUGGUGGACACAAUGACCGGGUCCGCGCCUUUUCGUCUCGAUCAUGCCCCGGAUAUCUAUGGCAUGGAGUGGUCUGCAGAUGGACGGACGGCAAUAUUUGUGGCCGAAGAAAACGACGUCUCCAUCUGCUCGAUCUGGAACAUCGAAGAAGGCACCACAAAGACCGUCUUCUGGUGGCCAGACGGUCGCAGUGUACACCUGCUCGCGAUUUCCGCAGACGGGGUGAUGGUCGGAAUCUCGAACCGGGCAGGAGAUGUGGUUUUCCGCCGUGUCAGUGACCCCAUGGCCUCUGCUUGGGACCCGUAG